AAUGGAUUAAAACCCACAAGAAGAAUUUGAUGAUGAAUAAUAAUUAGAAAAUGAAAUCAAAAAUAUUUCUGCUCUUUCUAUUUAAUUAGUUUGGAAGAAAUAUAAAACUCUGAAAGCAAUCCGCUAAACUGUAAAAUCUAAAAGAGAGCCUUUGGUUGUUUAUUAUUCUUCAAUUGCCACAAAUCAAAAAAUUAGAUCUGAUUAAAUGCAGCUAUUUCAUAUGUUAAAAGUUAAGAACAUUAAAUUCUAUAAAUUCGAUCUUGUUGAUAAUAAAAUGGCUUAAGGUUGGGUUAAAGAAAUCUUAAAUCGUUAUCAAUUACCUUUUGUUACGAUCAAUAAUCUAUUUGUUGGAGGAUAUGAGGAAUUUGAAAUCUUAUAUGAAUUGGAACUGCUACCUCGAAUUAUCAAAAAAGGUAUUUUUUAACAAUAUAUUUUAUAGAUUACGAAAGAGAAUGUAUUCUUUGUGAUGAACCAAAGGUAGAAGAUGAAUGUCCUAAUUGUAAAAAACCUUAUGAUUUUUUUAAGAAAGACUGAG